AUGUAUAUCUACCUACCUUCACAGAGCUUUGACUUUGAAGUUAUCCGAGACUUCGACCAUUUAAAUACCACACCUGCUCCUAAGGAUUCUUUAUACUAUAGCCACGGAGAUACAAAAGGUAUAAUAACCUCGCCAGAAGAGGAAAUAGAAGAAGACAAGAUUAACUCCUUUGAGCCAGAGGUUCUUGAUCUUAUCAAACAAGUCUCAGAGGACAGCAAGGUUACUAAGAAUUCACAUCCUCAGUUUGAUCCAACAGAACAAGGGGAUGCUGCUGAUAACAUGGAGCUUGAGUUUGAGCAAGGGUUAUUAGACACAUACUUUGAUCUUUUCACGGGGAUGGAUCCAGGUGAUUAUUUUAACUUUGAAUGUGAGUUUGCAAAGGGAUUUGAUUCAGAUGAUAACUGCAAUCUCAAAUGGACCAUCGUAACAGAAGACAUGACUCCCGGUGUAAACAUUUUUGGACACCUAGGAUUAUGUUCAUGCCUGAGCUCCCCUGUUCAAGCACAUUGGCUAUAUUUUGGUACCAUACAAAGCUUUUACUGUAUGAUAUAA